CCUCCAUCUCAUCUUCCACCACUCUUCGUUCCAAACAUCACCCCUCUCUUUCCUCUGCACCAUUCCUAUCACACCCAUCUCCAUUUCCUCCUCUCUACUCUUGGUCCUUCGCGCUCGCUAGCCUGUCAACGCGGAGGCUGCCGGGCUCGUCCGACCCGCUCCUGAGGUCAACCUGACCCCCGUUCCCGCUGCCCCCGAAACACACCACCGCUCGGGCCCCAUGUAUCAGUCCUCCACGCCGUACGGCCAAAACCCGCACCGCGGUGCUCCCGUGGUUGGUCCCAUGAGCCCGCCUUACAAUGCCGCCAUGCCCGCUGGCUACCACCCAGCAAUGCAGCACCAGCAGCAGCCGCAGCCGCAGCGGUAUACCUCCCCGCCUCAGCAGCAAGUACCGCCGGCAGCAUAUCGCCAGCCGCAGAUGCCGCAGCAGCAGUAUGCGCAACAGUACCCAGCGCAGGGGUAUCAACAGCAACGCGGUGACACGCGGCGUCCGCACAAAGGCACGCUGCCGCCAGGCCAGAUGGUGCGGGUUGGCCAGAACGCCGUCCGCGUCGAGCGUUACCUGUCCGAGGGCGGGUACGCGCACGUGUAUCUCACAAGCUCGGAGAAGCCUGUGUACCCGCCUAGUCGUAGCGGCGCAAAGGGGCGGUGGGGCGAGAAGGGGUACACGACACACUGCCUCAAGCGAAUAGCUUUCGAGGACGAGAGUGUCUGGCGGGACGUCAGUCGCGAGAUUGAGGUCAUGAAAGCACUCCCGCCCAGCCCCCAUCUUAUUCAGUAUCUCGACUCAUCGCAGCACCGUCUACCAAACGGAAUGUACGAGGUCUUCAUUCUCAUGGAGUUUUGUUCAGGCGGCGGCAUCAUCGACCUCCUUAACAAGCGCCUGCGUGACCGCUUGAAGGAGAUUGAGAUCCUCAACAUUUUCACGGACGUGUGCGAAGCGGUCGCCGCAAUGCAUGCCAUGAGCAGGCCGCUGCUCCACCGCGAUCUCAAGAUUGAGAACGUUUUGUCACAUCCUAACGGCCUCCCACCCACAGCCCAAAGGCCCACUCCCCUUGUGUUCAAACUGUGUGACUUUGGGUCGACGACAUUUCCAGCGUCCCACCCACCGCAGACUAAGGCUGAGGCGGACGCGCUGGCGCUGGACCUCAACAAGCACACGACGCUGCAGUAUCGAAGCCCCGAGAUGGUCGAGCCAAUGUUGGGAUGGGCCGUAGGUCUCCCAAGUGAUGUCUGGGCCCUUGGUGUCCUCCUUUACAAGCUCUGUUAUUACACUACGCCCUUCGAGGAGCACGGCACCCUCGCCAUUGUCAAUGCGAAAUACACAUUUCCGCAGUACCCCGUGUACUCGCCUAGGCUUCAACAUCUGAUCGCCUCUAUGCUCGUCGAGCACCCAUCGCGGCGCCCCACGGUGUUUGAGGUCUUGAGAGUCGUCCAUGAGAUGAGCGGGACCCGGCCUGAGGUGGACUACCCAAUGCCUAACCGCCAACUUCCAGCGACUCUCCCCUCCUCCCCGAAGAAGUCCAAGUCGCCGACGAAUGUUCUCGACUUCACGUCCGGUGGCGGACAGCCGUCUGUCCCUAUAUCGCAGCCGUCGUUGGCUGCCUCGGUUCAGCCUCAGCGCCGUGGUCGCCCUACGCGUCCCGAGUCGAUGAAGGCGACUGCACCGGUGCCGACUCAGCCCCAGCUUCCUCCCCCUCACAUCCCGAAGAUGCCAGUGCCGGCUUCGACCACCGGGCCCACAAAGCCAACGAAAAUGCAGGUCACGGGCGAGCGUGAGGGGUCAGCACAGGGCGCGAAGCUGCAACACUCGGUCUCGCUCUCGCGGCGGACUGUCAGCGGCACCAAGCCUCCCAAGCCGGUCUUGGCGAGACUUCAAGGCUCGGCCUUCGACAGCAGCGGCGCUGGUCCGUCGCCGCAGUCGAGUACUAGGCAGAGCAGUGUCGAUGCGUUUGGCGUCGGCAGGAACCAGCCCACUCCGUCCCCAGGUGGAUUUGGCGACUCGUUUGGCGCUCCAGUCCUGCCACCAAAGGACGUACCAAAGGACGCCGCCAAGCGGACUGGCUCAAGCGACGCGUUUGGGACGUCUACUACUGGAGGGGACGCGUUUGGCGUGCCUACAAAGCUCACGGGUCAGAAGGUCAUGUCGCCCACUGGGUUCGGCGACUCUUUUGGCAGCAAUUUCUCAUUUGCGGGCACGCCUCCAUCAACUGCGACGAACGCGCCGAAGCCCACGCGGGGCUUCACCGACUCGUUCUCCGUAUCGCCGCCCACGUCGGCCAAGGUGACGCCCUCGGCGACUAAGGUGUCUCCCGCGUCGACGAAGGCGUCGCCCGGGUCACCGAAAAUCACGCCUCCGUCGCCGCAGAAGAGCGGCCAUUCGGUACGCCCUACCUCGUCGUCCAGCGCGCUGCGGCGUUUGCCGGACGCGACGAGCCCGCCCGGCGAGAUGUCAUUUGAGCAGAGAUUCCCUUCGCUCGAGGCACUCACUGGCGAAGAGCAACAGCCGAAGGCGGACAAGUCGCUGUCUCCGCCUGUGCAGUCAUCCCAUGGCAGGCAUCGGCAGUCAAUCAGCAUUGCAAACCUCACCGGCGGGGCCAUCAAAGGCAACCGUCUAUCCGUCGGUGGCCAGAUCCCGCACCCCCGCUCGACGCAUGUCACGGGUACAGCCUUCAAAAGGGAGCAGGAGUCGCUCAAGCCCCCUCCUACGAAUGUUGAUUCGUCCUCUCCCACUGCCGACUACCUUAGCCUCUUGGACGAUGAGGUGGAGCAGGAUACGCACAACCCCGCCGAGGAUCUGUUCAGCGGCAAGGACGAGUCGCUGUCGGUGGCGCUCGCUCCCCUGCAACCAACUGUGUCCAACAGAUCGUCAGGCUCGAGAUUCGGCAUUUCGCCUCAGCCAACGCAAACCCAUGCGCGCCCGCCUCCGCCAACGCACCCCAAGCCUCAGUCGACGCCGAACAAACCGCUAGGCGCGGCGCAGCGAGCAACGCUGCCGGACAUGGCUUCGCAGCCGGCCACGUCAAACUUCAAUUCUGCGAACUGGUCGCCGCUGCAGUCGAUGAAGAAGACUCCCCCACCUGCCGAGACCGACUCGAGCGACGAAGAGGUGGAGCCCGAGAGCGCCGAGGCGACAUUCCGCCGCCCCGUGUCGCCAGUCAAGUCUGGCUCUCGCCAGCUCCCGCCCUCGCCGGGCAUCGCGAACCGCGUUGCAGCAUAUCAGCAACAGGCGACGACGGGCCCGUCAACAUCGCCCCCCAAGCCGGGGUACGGGACGUGGAGCGGGCGCGGAUCGACGCGCACGGCUCGUCCGCAGAGCAUGUUCGACACGUCACGCUCCAACAUGCCGGGCAAGUUGUCGCCGCCGCUCGUCUCUGUUCGCUCUGGCUCGCCCUCGUCCGGCGGGAGUGGGCGGAACACGCCCGUGGGCCACGGGCGGCGCAGCUCAAUCAACGACAUUGUGAGCCGGUACGAGGCGAUGAGCACGAGUCCGGUCAAGGAGGGCUUUCCGAGCGCGAACGGGCACGGGCGCCGGCCGCCGAGCAUCGCGAGCAAGCCGCCGGGGCUCGGAGCGCGCAAACCCUCAGGUCCGCGGAUACCGCGCGCUGCGCCGCCGACGCAGCCGAAGCCCGUGGGCUUGCGCGAGGCGGGCGGGAGCGGCGAGGGCGAGGGCGAGAAGCAGGCGCGGCGGGAAAAGGAGGAGCAGGAGAAUGCGCCGCUGUGGCGCGCCGCGUCCCAGCCCCAAGUCGCCAAGCCGAUGCUGCCCAAGCAGCCUAGAGCGGAGACGCUGCCGCAGGUCUCGCCGGGCUCGAGCAGCCGGUCCAGCAGCCCCGAGAAACAGCAGCCCGUCAACCUCCUCAUCCAGCGGUGGAACAAGGGCGAGGUCAAGCAUAGAUAGAGCAUCGUUGCAUAGUGUAGAAUUGCAUGUCAUGUCUUGGUUGUUGCGAAGCCACGGUGCUGGUGUGGAUGCAGGCCGACCUGACUCGCUGAUCCACUGAUCCACUGGAGAAGAGCGUGGCCGAUGUGUCGGCCCCAGUGAAGGAUGCCGAGAGGGCAGCUCAGUGUUCAGCCGAUGCAAGCGGCAAGCGGAUCGCGGAUGGCGGCAAAGAGGAGCAAGUCGAUCCCAUCGGGCCGGAUUCCGUCCUCCUCUUCAACUUUCUGACCGGAUUUGCAGUGAGUUGACUUUGGUAAUUCGUUGUGCACGCUAUGUGACCACCUCGCGCAUGACUUUGACUUUUUAGUACCACAUUGAAGGCUGCCGAACAAGAC